GAGGCCGGAGCGGGCGGCGGCGGAGGGAGCGGCGGGGACGGGGCGAGCGAGAUGCCUGUGACCGUGGGCCCAUAUGGGCAAUCGCAGCCCAGCUGCUUUGACAGAGUGAAGAUGGGUUUCAUGAUGGGCUUUGCAGUGGGCAUGGCAGCAGGAGCGCUGUUUGGCACAUUUUCCUGCCUCAGGAUUGGCAUGAGAGGACGAGAGCUGAUGGGUGGAGUUGGCAAAACGAUGAUGCAAAGUGGUGGGACGUUUGGGACAUUCAUGGCUAUUGGUAUGGGAAUCCGCUGCUAACCUGGAGUUUGGGUUUUAUCCCAGAGUGCCCCCAUCCAGCCCUUCCCCCUGUGUACCUUAAUAAAAGCUGUAGAUACCUGAAA